AUGGCUCUGGCUCUGCUCGAACGCAAGUUCAGUCAGCCGAUGAAAUACUACCUCAAUGCGAAAGCUUUGGUGAAGCCCAGCGAGGAAAGCUCCGGCACGAAGGUCUGUGAUGCUGAUUUCCAUGCGAAUUAUGACCUUUUGAAGAUGUUCAUCGUGAGAGCCAUUACGCCAGAGGGAAUCCCCAGCCUCACCGACUUCAAGGUGGCCUUGGUCCACCUGUCUUGCACGCAUGCUCUCCAUCCCGGGGUGAGGGCCCGUGGAGGAAAGCAGGUCGUCAAGGAUUGGUCCUCGGAGCAGGGUGGAAAGUUCAGGGCCAUCCUGGCCCAGUUGGCGAGGGUUACACGGCGAACCCUGGACGCCAAGUCCAAGAGGACAAAAGUCCUGAAGAAUCUUUUCGCCGCGAAGAUGGGCUGGACCGAUGACAACGGCGAGUUGUUGGAUGUUGUCGAGGAUGCCCCCGCUGCAGCUGCCGCCGCUGCUGUGAUCAUGAUGAUGGAGCCGCAGAUGAUGAAGCCCCGGGUGAUCAUGCUGGAGCCGCAGAAGAUGAAGCCCCACGUGAUGAUGCAGGACUUGGAAAGGGAGCUGCAUCGCCUUAUGUCUCAAAGGGACCUCGAGAUGGAUGAGGCUAUGGAGGACGAUGGGUCCUUCAAGGGCCCCGAGGACGUGCCUCGACCUGACGAGAUCCUGGAUGAAGAGGCUAUGUUUGAGUUGGAGUGUUGGGAUGAGGAUCGGGAACCACUCCUGCCAGACAGAUGCGAUAUCCCUCCGGAGCUGCUGGACAUGUUGGACGACGACAAGACCUGCGACCUCAACGGCACCAGAGACAAGCAAAGGUGUAUCAAAGCCGUGCAGAAGCAGGCAAUGGAGGGCCCAGGACCACGGGCCAAGGCUGCCAUGAACGCCAAGAUGACCGAGCAGACCCCGUCGCCGAAGGUUGGGAAGAGUGCCGAGCCGGUAAGUGACCCCAUGCAAAAAGCUCGCCGUGGCCGCAAGCCGAAGCGAGCUGCAGAGCCAAAGGAGAAGGAGCAGGCAAAGGCGAUGCCCAGUGCCAGUGUAGAGGCAGAGCCCAAGGAGAAGGACCAGACAAAGGCGAUGCCCAGUUCCGGUGUAGAGGCAGAGCCCAAGGAGAACGACCAGACAAAGGCGAUGCCCAGUGCCGUAGAGGCAGAGCCCAAGUCGAAGAAGCGAAAGCCGAAUCCGGGCCCAAAACCCAAAGCUAAGGCUGAGAGCAAGGCGAAGGCCAAAGCAGAGGCGAAGGGGAAGGCAAAGGCAUCCAAAGCACCACUCACGGAGGAGCAGAAAGAGCAGGAGUCGGCUAAGCGACAGCAGACAGCCGACGAGAACACCCAGCUCAUCCGGACUCACGCUGAUGAGCUGCCAGAUCUAUCCUUCACAGUCUGGCCGCCACGCGGGAGGGAGGACAUGCCCGAGAUCAACCCCAUCACUGUGUGGGAGUUGGCGAAGUUCAUCGCCGGAUGGCUCGGUGAUGUUGAUCCGCUCGAUGAAGGCGAUCGUGAUCUGCCAGCCAAGAAGGUGAGGAAGACGACGAGCCUCGGCUGGCUAG